ACCACAGUCGAGUAUUACAAAAGAAAACCAAGAUGGCCCCUGCUUUGCUCAUCGUGAAAUAAUUAAACAAGAAGAUAGACAAGAGUUGGAGAAAAAAUUGUGUUUUGUUGCUUUUAAAGAAAAGUCACUUAACACUUUGUUAGAUACAUUUGUGAAAAAAGUGAAGUUCAUUUAAAGAUGAAGAACAUGUUGUAACCUCUAUUAAAAACUUUAUCUUUGCUGCUACCGUAACCAAUACGGAAGGAAGUAAUCUUCGUGUUUGACCAAAUCUAACACACCAUAAUUGCUUUUGUUUUAUCAACUUUAAAAUUUCAUAAUAUUCAUUCGAGUAAAAGCAAAGUUAUACGAAAAGAAUUGGCAGUGAAUGGACUUGGAAAAAUAUUGCUACGAAAUGUUUGUGGCAGUACAGAAAAUAGCUUAAAAGUAAAACCAAACAUUACCUACAUGUGAAGUUAAAAAAUGAUACGCUUCCUCAAUGAUGAACACGGACAGUCGGAUGUAAUGGCUGAACACAGCAAUCUGCGAGAGAUUACCAAGGUGCAGUCCUUAUGCAGUCUACGAGAAAAUGUUUCUACUUCUAACAGCAAACGACCAGCAUCACCAGCUAAAAGUUAUGCACUGAAAGUUCCAGAUAUCCAAAGUGAACGAAGGACCUCGCACCGUCUUUUGUCUACAAAUCGUUCUGAUAUUGUUGAUGCUACAACCUCCCACGUUUGAUCAAUCGACGGGAUAUGCACGGUUUUGAGAGCAGUGAAAGAAGAAUGUCGGCAGUAAAAGACUCUUCUAAUACUAGUAUCAUUUGUCGCUUGCCGUUGAACCGAUUAGAGUCAAUAAUAGGAUCGUUAAAAAAUAUGGAAAAAAGAUCUGAUCAUAUGGCUACUACUUUGAUAGAUAUAGACUCGAUUCCAGAAGAACCGGAUCAAAUCAAUAGCUUUGCAGUAGGUAUGGACAAUGUAAAGGAUGUGCCAUCUACGAACAAUAUCGCGUACAAAGUGUUAUGCUUGUAUUGUGAUCGAAGUUUUAGUAACCAUAAACUGAUGAUCAAGCACACGGACCGGAUUCAUCGAAUAGCAAAAGAACGACGAAGUAGUGCCCGUGUACUAUCAACAUUAGCGAAUGGAUCAGACGUUUCGACUUGUUGCAAUUUUUGCCAUAAAAGUAAGGCGUUAAACCUGAUAUCAGACGAUCUACAAACAUUAUUUAAACAUCUAAUAUCAGCUCAUUCAGACCGCUAUUUUGCGUGUGAGCGUUGUACUAUGCGUUUUCCGAAUGAUGCUGCACGAGACGCUCACAUGGAUGCUUUCCAUCCAUCUUCCACCACUAGGCGUCCAAAAUCAAAAGCUGCUCUUAAAGCUUUCAGUCAUACCCAAAACAGUACUUCUCAACAUUCACAACAACUUGUCACGAAUGCUCUUAACAUUAAAAUGCAUAAAACAGGUGUGUACAGUGAAAUUAAUGAUCAGGUCGAGUUUAACUCGGUUCGUCAAUCAGUAUCCAGUAGCCUGUCAAACAGCAACAUUAAAUCAGAAUUAGCAGCUCAAAACAUUUGUCUGCGAUCUUCGCUACGUAAUUCUACGGCUUCUUCACCACAAAAGGUUACCGAUAGUAACAAAUCAAAGACAAAGGCCUUCAAAAAGUCGGAACGUUUACUAAGACGAAAUUCUGAACCCAUGCUUCUUUCUCGAUUGGGUAUCACACAGCAUAGAUUACCACGCCAAAGCCGUCGUCUUAUGGCUGCAGCCUCAUCGUCUGCCAAUGUCACACUUUUAUCAUCUGCUACUUCAUCAACAUCUACGACACAAUCAAUACAUUCUACAACAGUUCCAGCAUGUGCAAAAUUUGCAACAAAAAAAAAGAGUCUGGGAACGGCAAAUGAAGAAGGACAGUCGUUCCAGAAUUGCUACAAUAAAAUAAUAAAAUUGAAAACGAUUCGUUCCUCGUUGACCGCCAAUUCCGUAGUUUGCGAUCCUUCGCUGACUGAAACUACGGAAACGAAUAAGACAUUAGCAAAGGGAUCAGAUGUUGCAGCCCUCGCGAAUAUUGUUGUUUUAAACACCGGAUCAUCUAGUGAUGUGUCGGUUGGAAUUUUUACCCGUGGUACAAAUAGUAGUGUUUUUGUGAGCAAUAAUGAUUGGGGAAACAUUACAGCAAGCACAGGAAGUAAUUCGUGUAACGGGAACAACUUAUUGCAAGUCAACAAUAGUGGCGUUUUUGACGAAGAUUUCUACGAUAAUGUUACCCGAAAUGUGAAAAAUAAUCUUUGUUGCCAUUUAGAUGGUAAAUUAGAAGCUCUAACUCCCAAUGCGCCUUGCCCGACGAGUCCAGUUGCUGUUAUACCAACUGUGAGAUCAACAGUUGUCAAGAGUCCAGUAUCAAGCGAUAGUAAAAUUCAUGAGGCAACAAACCUACCGGCUAUCUCAGCCAUGUUUCCUACUUUGUUAACGGCAGAACAGUAUGGUCCGGAACCGAGACAAACGACGACUAACUCAUCCAUAAUAUCUUUAUCGUCGGCUUCGUCAGUGAAAACAAAGAAACCAGUCACAAAGAAUUCCUGGAAGUGGAAAUGGGACUUUGUUAAGAAAUACACCUACGUCAAUGAAAACGGGCGAAUCGUAAAAAAAAUCAAGCAGCCUACAAUAGGAUUGCGCGAUCUCUCAAAGCUUGACAUGUGGACUCAAUUGACCAUGCGUACGAAACAUGAGCUAUUUCAGCAUCAACGAUCGAGUGAUAGUCGAAAUCAGUUUCAAUUAUCGAAAACAAAAUUUGGGAUAUCUGACGAAGGACAUUCGAUAACAGUAGCGGAUGUUGGGGCUAUUUUGCGGGACGAAAAAAGAGCAAUGGUCGAACAAUUGGAUUGCCUAUUGGAUGCACGAUUAUUACCGCAAAUAGAUUUAGAACAGAAUGAACAGCGAAUAAUAAAAAUUGAACCAAUAGAUCAAGACAAAACGACAGAAGAAACUUGUUUUGUAGACGAUCAACUUCCUAAUGACACUGUAUCGCGAGAAGAAAGUUCAUCGCUUGUACCUUGGACGGAUAAGAAAAACUCCAGUGAAGAAUCCAAAAGUUUGGAUUUUAUGCAAAAUCUGCAGCUCAUGCAGCUUAACAGUAAUGAUCUACAAACACGUGUCGUGUUAAGUGGAGAAUGGGCUCGACCAAGAUGUUACAUUUGUUAUGGUUGUGGUGCAAAGUUUAAUUCUCUUAAACAAGUAGAAGAGCAUCGUAUUUUUCGACAUCCUCAUGUACAUUCCACCUUUUAUGAGAUAGUCGGAAGAGAACUCAUUGAAAAGAGAUUGUACAAGCAUUUUUCGUUCCUUUUAUGGCACUGGCCAUGCAUCAUUUAUACUUUGUGCGACUGAGCAAUAGCGAAUUAUUUUUGAAUAGUUCUAUGUUCGGCUCGAAUUCUCAACACAAAGGGGAGUAUAGAAUAAACAAUCCUGCCGAAAUUAAGAACGAAGAUUCCUCGUCGAAUGA